GUCCGUGAAGUCACAAAAGUCGACGAGAAGCAAAUUCGUCCAUCAUAGCUCAUUAGACUGGAAUUUAUCCUGGAAUUUAUAAUACCCGUGGCUUCUCUUCAGUUUUCCGGGUGUCCGAGUUUUCGAGACAAAUUCUCCCAGAAAUAUAUUCUUAAUGGAAAUGCUCCUUUCUUAACUCCCCCAAAUGUGAAAGAUGAGCCUCGUUGAUACCGACGAUUGCUUCUUCUUCUUUUUUUUCCCUGAGCAAAGCGUCAAGAAAAGACUCCAAGUUACUGCGCGGCGAAGCGAUUUGCACUCCAACUCCAGCUCUAUGGUUAUCGCUCCAGGAAGUGUCAUGGAGCCCUUUUUCGUUCGGCUCUGUUCCUGUGGAAACGGUUGCUAUGUGGACGGCGUCGACAACCUUCCCAGGCGGCGGCAGAGACCAAGGUGGCCGGCCGCAAGAUGAAUCAAUCGGUGACCGUUGUUCGGCCGCUGGACCACGCUGGGAUCCGGUAUCGCAGGAAGAUGGCUCCCAACCGGGCUUUUGAUUUCCUUUAUGAUCCAUUGUAUGAGCUGUCAAGUGAAAAAGAUCAUGCACAGGCAAAUGUCCAAGCUCAUCUUAUUCAUGAUGAAAUGAGGAAAGUACCAGAAUUUAAAGCCAUGUUUAGUAAUUUGAUUCACUAUCCAUCGUACUUUGUGCAAUUAGAAGAAAAAAAUCCAGUUCCUCCAUUCAUUGAUCGAAGAUGGAGAGGAAGGGCACACCAACGCUUUGAGACUUUUCAGCAACUUGUGGUAACCCCAGCUUCCCUUCAGGUGCCCAGAAUUGAAUAUGAAGAUCCUGAAGUUAAUGGAAGGAAUCGCUGGAAAUAUUUUGAACGACCUUUCAUCCCAUUUGAUAAGCCAAUUCCACUGAAUGUUGUUUAUGCAAUGUCAAAGUCAGAGCUACAGUCUCAUCCAGCAAAAUCCAAAGACAAACCAGCCUAUCUCAUUUCACGAACCGUGGAAACACAAACAGAUUAUCGGGAUGGUGAAGCUCAGACAGACCCAUAUAGCCCUGAAUACAUAGUUCCUUCAGGUUCAAUACCUGAAUUGUUAACUCUUGCCACGUUGACUUGGGGUCAUGGCCUUCCAGCAACUCAAGCAGAAGUAGAAGUAAUUGAACGAGCCCGGGAGAAACGAGCCUGGGAGGCCACUCUUCCACCACUGAAUGAUGCUGCGCACAUUGCAAAACGGAGGAAAAUGAUGGAGGAAAUGGAGAGAAAAGAGUGGGCCUUUCGGGAGGAAGAAAUAGAAGAACUGCAAGAAGUGAGACUAAACCUUCUAAAGGCCUUGCUGAUGAAACGAGAAGAGAAGCACAAUGAAUUAAAUGUCAGUUGCUUAGAUGCACACUGGUUUAAACUUAUGCAAGAAAAAGAAAAGAAAGUGAAAAAGAUUCAACACGAACACAUAAAAGCAAUCAGAAGAUUAAUAGCCAAGGGAAAAAAUGUAGAGGGAAAACUAGAGAGAAGAAAUGUAAUUAAGGACUAUACUGAAUAUGAAUCACAGCCUUAUGCUCCAUUAUCAAGAAUUGGCUACUUUCCAGAUAAUAAUGCAGAUCGUUAUGUAGUGAAGAAUUCCUUUCUCAACACCUAUGAAGGAUUACUUGAAUUAGAAGCAUUUCUGCCUGAUUCCGUUACACAGCCCCGAACUGAAGCUCCAAAACCGAGAAGCUUAACCACAAAAGAUGGAUUCACUAAGCGGUCUGCUAGAUUAGAGAUGGAAUUAGCACAGGUUUACCAGACACUGCAAGACAGAAAAGAACAUAUUAAGGAGCCACGCAAGCCACUACGUUUUCUUCAGAGGUUAUCAAAGAUUUUGCCUCGCCCACCCACUCCAGAAUUGGAAAUACCUUCACUAAUAGAUGAAGAGAGAGAAUUGGCUAUAAUUAUAGUACAGAAAUUAAUACGAGGCAGAGCUAUCCAAAACAUGAUGUUUGAAGGAAAGGAAAAGCGUCUAGAAUUGAUUUGUGAGUUACGAACCACACAUGCACUUCAGGAAGAUGGACAGUUGUUGAAGAAGGCUGAAAAACAAGUGACUUUGGCCUUACAACGGCAGCGGGAUUUGCAUGAACAUAAGAUGUCUGUCAUGGAAAAGCAUUUGGCUCGUGUAGAAGGAAGAGUCCUUGCAAAUAUGUUGGAUUUCCUCUCUAAAGAACUGAUUCGACUACAGGAUGAGCGGAGAAUCCAUGCUUUUGCUAUGUUGGCAGAAAGGCAGCGCCGAAUGCGGGAAGCAGAGGAAAGUGGACGUCGACAGGUGGAAGAGAGACGCAGACGUGAAGAGGAUGAGAUCUUUAGACAGGUUGUUAAAGUACACCAAAAAACAGUUGAUUCAUAUUUAGAAGAUGUUAUCUUGAACAGCAUGGAGAGUACAGCUGAAGAACAAUCUAGGGAAGAGAUUCAGAGAAUGGCUGUAGAAAUCAACAAUAUUGCUUAUGAAAUGGAAACACGCCAGAGUAAUCUACAAUCUGAAGAGAUUGUGGCAGAGCUAGUUUAUAGCUUCCUGAUCCCUGAAGUGAGAAAAAUGACCAUUAAGGAGAAAGUGAGGCAGGCUCAGAGAAAGCAUAUUCAUGCUGCUCAUCAGAUUAUCCAUGGAAACACAGAGACAGCAGUAGAACAGCUCUUUUCCACAGGGUUUCAACAGGCAACCAGUGUAGAUAUUCCUCAGAUCGGAUUGCUUUCUGUUACACCUACUGGUCAAGAUGUUGUUAAGCAGCAGGAAAUCAAGCCACCAGACAGUCAAAGCCAGCAAGAUAAAAUGUACGAAGACAGCCCUUGCAUUGAAUCUGCCAGGCCUCCUGAACAAUGAAGCAAAAAUAUGGUAGGUUUAGACCAAGGUUUGUUCUUACAUUGCCUCCUCAAGGAUACUACAGUGUGUCUAUCUAGCAAGUGAGUGCCUGUCAGUCAGCAACACUGUCAA